UUUCCCAGUUCCGUGGCUGCCCUUCCACCAGCCCGUCUUGUCGCCAUCUCAGCCCCCUGCCCUCCUCCCCUCCCCCCACCACUUUCUGUUUGUUUGAAAGACACUGACAUUCUCCUUGCUGUUUUAUGUAUUGAUCCGAUUGUGGCGCUGACUCGAGCCUCCCAAGCCUCGGACUGGGAUGAAGGCGCCUCUCUGAAUGGCCACAAUGGAAGGAUCUAGCGGGUCGAGCUUUGGAAUAGACACGAUUUUGUCUAAUAACGGUUCAGGCAGCCCCAGCAUGAUGAACGGAGACUUUCGCCAGCUAAACAGCGAUGCCAGGACAGCGGAUUUUAGAAACCAGGCCACUCCGUCCCCUUGUUCGGAGAUAGACACAGUAGGGACGGCUCCUUCGUCCCCCAUCUCAGUCACCAUGGAGCACCCCGAGCAGCAUCUAGUGCAAGAGCAUCAUCAUCUCCAUCACAGCCAGCAGCAGCAGCAGCAACAACAAAGUUUGCAGCAAUCCCCCCAACAGCAACAACAGUUGGGCUCGGGCAACUCUGCCCCCAGGACUUCCACCUCUUCUUUUUUAAUUAAAGACAUUUUGGGCGACAGCAAACCGCUGGCGGCUUGUGCACCUUACAGCACCAGUGUCUCCUCUCCCCACCACACCCCAAAACAAGAGGGCAACGCAGCCAACGAGAGCUUCAGGCCAAAACUAGAGCAGGAGGACAGCAAAACCAAACUAGACAAACGCGACGAUACGCAGAAUGAUCUCAAAUGCCACGGGACGAAAGAAGAAGGCGACCGGGAGAUUACAAGUAGCCGGGAUAGCCCCCCAGUGCGAGCGAAGAAGCCGCGGAAGGCGAGGACGGCCUUUUCGGACCAUCAGCUCAAUCAGCUGGAGAGGAGCUUCGAGCGGCAGAAGUACCUGAGCGUACAAGACCGCAUGGACCUGGCUGCGGCUCUCAACCUGACCGACACGCAGGUCAAAACCUGGUACCAGAACCGGAGGACGAAGUGGAAGCGGCAGACGGCGGUGGGACUGGAGCUGCUGGCCGAAGCUGGGAAUUAUUCUGCUCUCCAGAGGAUGUUCCCCUCUCCCUAUUUCUACCACCCGAGCUUGCUGGGCAGCAUGGACAGCACGACAGCGGCUGCAGCAGCGGCGGCCAUGUACAGCAGCAUGUACCGGACUCCCCCAGCUCCGCACCCUCAGCUCCAGCGGCCCCUAGUGCCCCGAGUGCUCAUCCACGGCCUGGGGCCCGGGGGUCAGCCCGCGCUCAACCCCUUGGCCAACCCUAUCCCGGGUACCCCGCACCCCCGGUGAGAGCUCACCGCUGUCCCAGCAACUAGCCCCCACCCCUCCCCCCCAAAUAAAAACCGGCCACCAAAAGCAGGAGCCGAGCAACUGAGGGGGAGAUGAAAGGGGGCCAGGAGCUUCUGAAGGCAGCCAAGAGCCAGCCACGGAGACGAUUCAAUCAGAGCAGGGACUUUUGAACCAUGAACCCAGAGCCGAUCCAGUAAGUGAAACAAACAAACCCAUCGAACAAACCUCCAGGAGGUCAGACGGAGAGACAGCGGGAGGGAGGGAGCCGGACCCGAGCCAACAGAGACUCUGGAGGACAGAGGGAUACAAAGAACAACCUUCCCGUCACACCGCGCGGUGAACUUGGGUAACGGAGAACUUUGCACUGAUUUCUCAUGACCUUUUUUCUUACCGAAAAGUGGCAUGCUCCGUAAUCUGAAAGGAAAUGUACAUUUGAACAGACUGAGUGCGAAGUGAUAUAUCAUAUUUAUUAUAUGUUGUCAAAAAUUCACUUAUAUACCUUACUAAAAAUACAUGAUUUCUCCCCCCUCUCCCUU